AUGACGGAGCGCCAAGAUCUUGACGUUACCAACGAGGCUCUCCUUGACCCCCAACUUCUCUAUUCCAAAGAAUACUGCAUUGGCGGGGGCAGCUUCGGCAAGGUGUUUAAAGGCGUCGAUAAACGCACCGGCGAGGCCGUCGCUAUCAAGGUCAUUGACAUUGAGAACGCCGAAGACGAAGUCGAAGACAUUAUCCAGGAAAUAGCCAUCCUCUCCGAGCUACAGUCCCCUUACGUCACCAAAUACUAUGGCUCCUACUCCAAGGGCGCUGAGCUCUGGAUCGUCAUGGAGUUCUGUGCCGGCGGCAGCUGUGCCGACCUGAUGAAGCCCGGCCUCAUCAGCGAAGACUACAUUGCCAUUAUCACCCGUGAGCUGCUCUUGGGGUUAGAGUACUUACAUGCCGAUAAGAAAUUACAUAGAGAUAUCAAGGCUGCCAACGUCCUUUUGAGCGCCGCGGGCCAAGUCAAGCUGGCUGACUUUGGCGUCUCUGGCCAGCUGUCAGCAACCAUGACCAAAAAGAAUACCUUUGUAGGCACCCCGUUUUGGAUGGCACCCGAAGUCAUCAAGCAAUCAGGCUAUGACCACAAGGCCGAUAUAUGGUCCUUGGGCAUCACUGCUCUCGAGCUAGCCAACGGUGAACCGCCAUACGCCGACAUUCACCCCAUGAAGGUUCUCUUCCUCAUCCCCAAGAACCCGGCACCCCGUCUCGAGGGCAACUUCACAAAGGCGUUCAAAGAAUUCGUCGAGCUUUGCCUGCAGCGCGACCCGAAAGACAGGCCCAGCGCAAAGGACUUGCUUCGACACCCUUUUAUCAGAAGAGCAAAGAAGACUACAUACCUGACGGAGCUGAUUGAACGUCACAGCCGCUGGUCGGCAACGCACAAAGGCGACGACGACGAUAAUUGGGAUUCUGCUUCAGCAGGCGUACCCACCAGACGCGACAAGGUAGACGAGGAUAUGUGGGAUUUUGGCACCGUCCGACUCGUCGGUGACCGCGGCAGCAAAUUCACUCGCCCUGGCCUCAACGACCUCAACGACAAGGGCACAAACGCAAGAGCAGCGAGGUCGCGUGAAAAUUCGGAUGAUUAUGGCGAAACGAGGCGCGAAGUGAGCCCGACCAAGGCGCGCGACUUUGCCUUGGAUGCUAGCGACACUGUCAAGGCCCCCUCGAGACAGUCGAGCCCCCAGCGAAAACCGCUGGCACCUGCCGUGCACUCGCCGGCCAAGGUUCCCUUGCCCGCAAGUCCGAUAAAAACGGCGAAACAACUCCUGCCAGAGACACCGACCAAGUCAAAACCCUUGCCACCCCUAGCCGAGAGCCAGUCUCCCGACUAUGAUCGGGAGCUGCAGGCCCAACUCCAGCAAGACCUGAGUGUGCUGAGCAUAGACUUCUCCAACCGCAGUUCACCAUCGCCGGCGAUAAAGGCACCUUUCGCCGAAAAGCCGCUACCACCAACACAACAGGGGCCAGACUCGAGACCAACAUCGCGCAUCGGACCCAUUCAUCUGCAGGAUAUUCCGCCUUUCCGAGGCAGCCCGUCGUCUCAAUCGCAAUCACAGUUUGCAUCUCCGUCACCAGCCGCGUCGCAGGUCAGAACGCCCAUCAAGUCUCACUCGCCAGCGCCGGACAUUACUACGCCGUCUUCAUUCCCGUCUCCGAUGCCUGCUAAUCCCAAUGGCGAGCUGGAUGCGCUCAACGAUGUCAUCUUCCCGGCGUUAGAGGAGGCCCUUAAGCGGCGUGAGGCGCGCCUGCAGCAAAUCUUUGCCGUUGAGCAAGUGGGAGCAGUGAAGCAGCAACGAAUAGAAGUGGCGCAUGACAAAUUACGCAAGAUGGUCUACAAGCUGGCGCAUUAUGAACCCAAGGCCGCGGAGAGCUACGCGCGCGGCGGCGUGAUGGCGGGCUUCGUGAGCCUGUCGAGCUUUGCUGCUUUGGAGCGGUUCAUCGCCGCGGUGGAGGGCGGGAGGUGCGAGGCGUACGGGGGACGCUGGGAGACAGUGUCCGUCUUUGACGCCGGCCUGACGCCGGCGUGGUCGGAGGAGGAGUUGGAGGCGUGA